GAUUUUCCAACCUAAUUUUGUUCUCCAGCUUUGUCAAGAUCUGAGUCGGUUGAUGAUUUUCCACGUGGCAUAUUUACUAUGUGAGCGAUGAAACUUCCUGCAAGCAGAUGAUAGAGCUAUAAAGUCUAUGAGAUCACAUCAGUUCCCAGAAGGAGGAAGACAAUCCGAAAGUGCCAAUCCAGUCUGCCAUUUUCCACACCAUUGUACAAGAAAAGUAUAUGCACAUUUUCCGAUGUAUUCUUGACUGGUACAACACAAUUAAGCCUGAGCUGUGAAGCCCUUCCUCCUAUAAAGAGGGGCAAAUUGUGUAACUCUUCAGAGUCUUGUUAUUGGCCUUUGAUGUUGUUUUAGGUCAUUGUGUCUGUGGGAUAAGUCUGCCUUAAACAAAAGUAUAAUGGGGAAGAUUAGUCUAAUGGGUAUUUUGAUGACAUUAGUAGUCAUUUGGUUCUGUUUCAACAUUGUGAAUGUCAGUGCUGAGAAUCAUAAAAUGAUGUUGAAGGAGAAGGUAACCAGUUUGCAGUUUUAUAUGCAUGAUGUGGUGUAUGGGGAGAAUGCCACAGCAGUGCAAGUGGCACCACAGGCACCUAUGAAUUACUCUUCAGGUGCUUCCUUUUUUGGUCCCCUGUAUGUUAUUGAUGACCCACUAACUGAGACUCCUGACCCCAGGUCAAGGAUUUUGGGCAGGGCACAGGGGAUGUAUUGCAUGUCAUCUCUGGGAGAAUUCAGUCUGCUAAUGGCUCUCACUUACUCUAUAGACACUGGAAAGUUCAAAGGUAGCUCAUUGAGUAUUGUGGGUAAGAACAUGGUAUUGAGAGAUCAGAGGGAGCUUCCUGUUGUGGGAGGAAGUGGGCACUUUCGUAUGGCCAGAGGGUAUGCCUUUGCCCAUACCCACUCCAUUCAAGGCCCAAAUGCUGUUAUUGGAUACAAUGUUACUAUCUUCCACUAUGGACCUUAGAUGCUCUAAACCAUUCCUGCUUUUUACUAUGUUUGAAAUAUGAGGGGUUUUAUAGUUUUAAAAAAUGGUGGUUGAGGGUUAAGCAUAUAGGUUCAAGCUUUAAUCUUUAAAGCCCCCUGUAUGUAUUCUGGGAACAUAGGUUUUAUUCCAUGACAGUUUUAGGUCUUCCAUUAUCCUUGUUAUCUUAAAGAGUGUUUAAGAGUUCAUUUGGCAUAUACUUCAAUAGCAAUAUAAUGUUUUGCUUUUCUAA